AUGGAAGUGAAUCAUAGCGGCGGCGAUGGUUUCAGUGAAGAAAAAAAUACGCCGGAGAAGACGGAGAUACUGACGAUGAACCAGUCGGAGUCUUUAUCGGAGGCGGCGAUGAAAGAAGAGCUCUCUGAAACUAAUAACAAUCUUGACGAGUCUCGAUCAAUGGAUGUUAUUCCGAUGCCGAAUCCGGUUCCGAAGACAAUGACAGUUCCGGCGGCGAAGAAACCGUCGAAGGACCGCCACACAAAGGUGGAGGGACGCGGUCGGAGAAUCCGAAUGCCGGCGACCUGCGCCGCAAGAAUCUUCCAGCUGACGCGGGAGCUUGGUCAUAAAUCCGACGGAGAAACAAUACGAUGGUUACUAGAACAAUCCGAGCCUGCCAUCGUUGAAGCAACCGGCACCGGUACUGUCCCCGCCAUCGCUGUUUCCGUCGGCGGGACGAUUAAGAUUCCAACCUCCUCCGCAGCAAGACCAGACGGUGAAGAGGCCCCAAAGAAACGAAGGAGGAGAGCGUCAAACAGUGAAUUUGUUGACUUGAACGAACAUGUUUCAAUGUGUUCAGGUCUGGCCCCUAUAACUCAAACGGCUUACGGCGGCGGUGGCGGUGAUAGUGAAAGCGGUGGCAGUGGUGGUAUAGUUCCGUUAUGGCCUGUGGUGAGUAAUGUAGGGUCCAAUACAACAGGGCCAUUUUUCAUGUUCCCAAAUUCAAUUAUGAAUCAGCCACAAUUUUGGGCUAUUCCUGCUGCACCGUUUUUCAAUAGACCUAUUUCUGAUUUUGUUUCUACUCUGCAAAUGCAAAAUCAAAAUCAACCUUCAAAUGCUAAUGGUUCAGCUUCAUCUACUUUGGCUCCUAGUUUGAGUUCAGCUUCUACAUCAACUUGUUCUUCUGCAGUUACUUCUUCAUCUUCUGCUGGACCCACUCAAAUGCUCAGAGAUUUUUCUCUGAAAGCUUAUGACAAGAAAGAGCUUCAGUUUAUGGGUUGUUCUUCUACAAAUUUAGAGUCACCUCCCACUUCAAAUCCUUCAAAUUGA